AUGCCCAUUUCCUCCACUUUCCUGUCACUCCCGCUCCUCCCGUCCUUUUCUUCCCUCAUCCUGUCGUCGGCUCUGUCCCUCAUCCCGUCGCUCCCGUCCCUCCCGUCCGUCCCGUCGCUUCCGUCCCUCCCAUCACCCACGUCCCUCUCCCCCUCUCUCAUUCCUUCCCUCUUCGCCUCUCCCCUUUCCUCUCCUGUCCCUCUGCACCCCCUCUUCCGUCCCGUCUUUCCUACUUCCAUCACUCGCACCUACCGCUCACUCACACCACACCCAUCGCUCACUCACACCCAUUACUCACUCAGCGACCCCGCCUUUCCUUCCCUCCAUCUCAUUUUUCCCUUCGCCCAUCUCCUCCAAUCCCUCUCAGGAAAUCUCCUCUCGUCCCUCGCAGCACACCACCCCCCCCCACCCCCCCCUCCUCUCCUCCCUCCCCUGUCUGCCCUCUCCUCCUAUCCCUCUCAACUCUCUCUCUCCUUUCCCUCUCUGCCUUCUCCGCCUUUCCCUCUCAACCCCUUCCCACACUCCCCCUCCUUUCCCUUCAGGCCUCCUCCCGCCGGUCUUCCUUCCCUCCUACUCACCGCCCUCCCUUACUCCUCCUUGUGA